AGCUGAGAGCGCAUACCUGUGCUCACUUGCCCGUUAACAGGACUCAGGGGGAGGGGAGGGGGAGAGGGGGGUUGAGCUCGAGGAGACACACCUUACUUACCUUUUGUGGCUCUGCGGCGCCCCCCGCCCCGCCCCACACCACCCUCUCUCGCUCGGUCUCUCUUUCUCUCUCCCCGUAUCUCUCUCUCUCUCUCUCUCUCUGAAAGCGAAGGAAUAAUCGAUCUGAACACAGAAAUGUCGGCGAAUGAGAGAGCCACGCGAGCGCUGAGGGAGAUCCAACAAAUCCCUGGAAAUGACGCCUGCGCAGACUGCGGCGCUCCCGAUCCUGGGUGGGGCUCCUGCUCCCUGGGGGUGUUCAUCUGUCUGGCCUGCUCGGGGAUCCACCGCAACAUCCCCGACAUCAGCAAGGUCAAGUCCCUGAGUCUGUCCCGCUGGGAGGACCACGAGAUGCAGUUCAUGGCAGAGAAUGGUAAUGAGCUGAUGAAGAGUAAAUAUGAGGCCGCUGUUCCAGUCUACUACUACAAACCAACCCACAAAGACUGUCAGGUGUUGAGGGAGCAGUGGAUAAGAGCAAAGUACGAGAGGAAAGAGUUCUCUGAACCGGGGAAGAAUUUUACAUAUGAGGAAGGAACUAGAGAUGGCGUUUUGAUGAAGAGAGGGCGGGACAACGGGCAGUUCCUGAGCAGGCGAUUCGUCCUCUCGGAGAGAGAGGGGACUCUGAAGUAUUUCACCAAAUAUGACGCUAAGGAGCCCAAAGCAGUGAUCAAGGUGGACACCAUCAACGCAACCUUCCAGCCAGAGAAGAUAGGAAACCCCAACGGCCUGCAGAUCACCUACCUCAAAGACUACAGCACCCGCAACGUCUUCGUCUACCAUGAAAACGGCAAGGAGGUCGUAGACUGGUUUAACUCAAUCCGUGCAGUUCAGCUUCACUAUCUAAAGGUGGCCUUUCCCGGGGCGACAGAUGCUGAGCUGGUGCCCAAACUUACCCGCAACUUUCUGAAGGAAGGAUACAUGGAAAAGACAGGUCCCAGGCAAACGGAAGGCUUCAAGAAACGCUGGUUCACUCUGGACCAGAGGCGACUCAUGUACUUCAAAGAUCCACUGGACGCCUUCGCCAAAGGUGAAGUCUUCCUCGGGAACAGGGACCACGGUUACAACGUCUCCCUCGGCUUGCCCGCUGGCACCCACUGCAACGGCGCCUGGCAACACGGUAUCACCAUAGAAACACCCGAGCGCCUCUUCCUGUUUACUUGCGAGAUGGAGAGCGACCAGCAGGAUUGGGUGAAACACUUCAGCGACAUCAUGAGUGCUCCGAUGUCCCCCCAGGAGUACACGAUGGAGGCCAUGUUCAAGCACAGGCACUGACGGACCAGAGGCCUACAGGAACCACCCGCUCUCCUCUCAGUCCAUCACCACAGGAUCUGACUCUGGAAACCACAUCAGUUCUUGACUCCUUUAGUACUUCUGGGAAAAUUGGACUGUAUUCACUUACACAUUGGUCACACUGGCGGUUGAUGCUGGUAAACAAGAGGACCAAGGCAAUAUUCACUGGGAAAUUAGAAAUAUACAUGACCAGAAGAAACAUUGAUAUGUUAAUGUAAAGCAGGUAAUCAUUUUCAUUUGAUUUUGUUUUGGUGACAGCUUUUGGGGGCCAAGAGAUCACUUGCCAAUCAAACAGUCUGGGCAGUAUUAUAACACGUUGGCACUCUUGGUCUGUUUCUACACGGUGCCUGUUAACCAUGCUAAUCAUGGAUGGGAUUGAUUUUUUUUUUUUUUAAACCAUGAUUAGGAAAUGUGUUUUGAAAUUUAUAGGCUUGUUAGAUAUUUAAUACGAGAUUUAAGAAAAAGGUGUUAAGCUGAGAAGUUACGCGGUCUUCUUGUAUCAAGUAUUUUAUGUAAGUGUGAUAUGAUGAUUGGGUAACACUAUUAAGAUGCGAGAGUCGAACAGGUCAAACAGGCACUGAAAGCCCUUGACCUUUUUUUUUUUUUUUUUAACCUUCAUAACUACUUUAAUGACCAAAAACAUUUACAAUCUGCAUUUUGAAAACUGUUUUCACGCUGCAUGUUCUGCUUCACUUCAAAAAAGUCUUCCAAGUGAAGGAAAAUCUCCAGACACACUAGAGUACAGUUUACAUCAUGAUUUUAACAUGACUUUUAAGUGUUUUCUUCAUUGAAUAGGAAGAUAAUGAUGUAUGUAGUAUUUGAGACAUGAGCAGCUGUUGAAGCUACAGCUGUUGAGGACAUGGUGAAACAAUGCCCCCAGGUGGUAAAUAAUACACAAGUCUUUGUUGAAACAAUUAAGAAUUCCACUAAUAAGUUAUUUUCCCCUUGUUUUUAUAGAUAUCAAACAACUGAUUGAUACAUUUUAGUGAUAUUUUCUUUUUUUUUUUUUUUUCUUUUCUAUUUUUCAGUGAAACAGAUUCUCACAUUUGGUGACAUACGUUAUCUUAAAAGGCAUUUCUUUGCUUUUACUGAGGCUGACUGACAUAGCAUAUGAAAUUAUUGAUGAUGAGUAAUAAAAAAUAUUUCUCCUGAA